AUGAGGGAAUGGAAAGCUUCCAGCGCCUCUCCACCACCACCAUCAACACCGACUCUCUCCUCUCUGUGUGCCCGACGAGCGCUGCCUCCACCGCCGCAGCCGCGGGAGCGACGACCCGCUGUGUGGACCAUCGCUGCUAGUCUCCUCUAACCCGUUUUUUCCUCGCUGUAUACACACGAUCCUCCACAACCGCCAGUAUCUGAGUGUUAUGCUCGUAUCCGGGAAUAUCGGGGGGAUUUUGGGACGGAAAGACUCUUUACUGGACCUCUAACUAAAUUUAUCCGCCCUCCACCUCCACUGUACCCAGUCUCCGUCUGCGCUGCGUCUUCGGCGCUGCUUUUUACGCAGCGAAGGCGUCGCUGAUUUGACCGCAAAAGGGAGAAACUCAACAGUUGUUGCUGCUUAUUGUUUGCAUGUCGACGUGCAUAUUACUACCAUGUGGAGGCUACUGCAAUCGUUUUGUUGCUGCUGGUGGAUUUUCUCUCUCAUUUUGCCUGCCUUCGUGCUCCUCUGGGCCGAGUGUCAUCCUGCGCUGACAGGAAGCCAAGCCGAGUCCCAAGCCCCUAUCCAAGGCCUUCGCAGAGCUACGGCCGGCGGGACACGACUCCGGAGAGCCGCCACCGAGGAGACCUACUGGGCCUACUCAGGUAUAUAUGGGCCAGACGAGGGCUGGGCGUCAGCUUACCCAGAAUGCAGAGAGAGAAACCAGUCACCAAUCAACAUUGUGGACCAGGAUACCAAAGUAUCCACAGAGUAUCAGGAACUGACGCUGGAGGGCUUUGAUACUGAAUCCUCUAAUAAGACAUCUAUGAAGAACACCGGCAAAACAGUGGCCAUUAUGUUGAAGGAUGAUUAUUUUGUUCGGGGAGCAGGCUUACCAGGGAGGUUUAAGGCAGAGAAAGUAGAGUUUCAUUGGGGUCCAAGCAACGGAUCUGAGGGCUCUGAACACAGCAUCAACGGCUGGCGUUACCCUGUGGAGAUGCAGAUCUACAUGUACAACUCAGAUGACUUUGACAGCCUCAGUGCUGCACUCAGGGAGAAGAGGAUCAUCGCAGCCAUGGCUGUUUUUUUCCAGGUGGGAGGGAAGGACAACCCUGCCGUCGACCCCAUAAUCCACGGUCUGAAGGGUGUGGUUCAUCAUGAAAAAGAGACUUUCCUGGAGCCAUUUGUGCUGAAGGACCUGCUGCCAUCCUCACUGGGAAGUUACUAUCGCUACACUGGCUCUCUGACCACUCCGCCCUGCAGUAAGGUAGUGGAGUGGAUCAUCUUCAGCAGACCUAUCUACGUCUCCUACAAACAGUUGGAGGCUUUCUACUCAAUCUUCACCACGGAGCAGCAGGACCAUGUUAAGUCGGUGGAAUAUCUGCGCAGCAACUUCAGGCCAAUCCAGAGCUUGGACAACCGCCACGUCUUCAAGUCAGCAGUCAAAGAUGCCUGGCUACCUGACCUGACUGACAGCAGCAGUGGUCCAUAUGGCACGGAGGCUUCCAAAGUGUGCAGCAGUGCUCCCAUCAACAUGAAGGUACAGCAUGUGAAUGGCAGCGCUCUGGUGGUCCGCUGGGCUCAUCCAGAGGUCACCUACCACCCACCCAUCCUCCACUUCCUGGUGUCCUACAGCUGGACGGCCCACGACGACAGCUACGAGGAGACACACCUCACCGACGCCAAACACAAACUGGAGGCAGUCAUUUCUCCCGUCUCCCCGGACGUGCUGUACCUGUUUCGCGUUCAGGCCGUCUGCACAAAUGACAUGCGCAGUGACUUCAGCCAGAGCAUGCUCUUCAGAGCAAACACCACCAGGAUCUUUGAAGGGACGAGGAUCGUGAAAACUGGAAUGCCGACGGUGUCUCCAGCCUCCUCAGCCGACAUGGCUCCCAUCUCCUCUGGCUCAUCAACUUGGACCUCCUCAGGCAUCCCCUUCUCCUUUGUCUCCAUGGCGACAGGCAUCGGCCCUUCCUCCAGUGGUAGUCAGGCAACAGUGGCGUCUGUGGUGACCAGCACUUUACUGGCCGGCUUGGGCUUCAGUGGCGGCGUCAUCUCCUCCUUCCCCAGCUCAGUUUGGCCAAGCAGAGCACCAACACAUAAUCCCAUCUCUUCACGCCCGACCAGCGAACCCACUGAGCCCACUAAAGAUGCCACCACCUCUGCCUCUACUCUCACAACGGCCACUGCCAAAGAUAAUGGACAGGCUGGGGCUGAGGAUCGAGAGAACAGCAAGGGUCAAGGAGAGGAUGGAGAAAGAGAAGGAGAGGAUAAGGAUGAAGAGGAGGAAGAAGAGGAGAAAGAUGAGAAGAAGGAGAGGAAGGGAUCAGGGGGUGUGGGUGAGGCAGGGAGGAAGGACAACAGCAUGGUGGUGAAUGAGCCGCCCAGUGAGACACCUGACUCCACUGCAAAGGAGAAAGAACAGACUGAACCAGAUCCAACUAACAUACCACCUGGCAUAGAGGACCAGAUGGAGGUGCACACCCACAAUCCACUUGACUCCACUACCACAGAGGCAGCCAAUGAAACGGCAGCAUUCCCUGCCCUGGAGGACCCCACAGCAACACUCAGACCCAGCACAGGGGGGGAAAAGAAACACUGGCCUUUCUCCAUCCAUACUGACCACUGUAAUCGUAAGAGAAAAGCAGAAGGAAAAGAGAAGGGGACAGAGGCAGGCAGCAUCUCUGUGUGCGCUGUGCAUGUCUGUGUGUGUGAAGAGAGGAGAUGCAGAGUUAGUGGCGAUGAGAGCCAGCUGUGGUGCAGUGCAGGGGCCCGGCCUGAUGUAGCGUUCGGCUCCAGGCAAAGCUACAGAUUGAAGGCCAUGGGGGCCGGCGUCAGCUCCAGCAACAUCACGGCUGCAGCAGCUGAACUGGACCGUCCCAGUGCAGUGACCAACCUGACCCACCAGACGAGGCCUGGGUCUGGGGCGGGGCUGGGUCGUGUGGAGUGGCUGGUACCUUUGGUGGUGGUCUCAGCUCUGACCUUCCUCUGCCUUGUCCUGCUGCUGGCUGUGCUUGUCUACUGGAGACGUUGUUUCCAGACAGCCCAUUUCUAUGUGGAAGACAGCAAUUCUCCCAGGGUGGUGCCCAAUGAGACAAUCCCUGUCAUCCCCAUCCCAGAUGACAUGGAAGCCAUUCCCGUCAAGCAGUUCAUCAAACACGUCUCUGAACUCUACUCAAAUAACCAACAUGGGUUCUCUGAAGAUUUUGAGGAGGUUCAACGCUGCACUGCAGAUAUGAAGAUCACAUCGGAGCACUCCAACCACCCUGACAACAAGCACAAGAACAGAUACAUCAACAUAGUGGCUUAUGACCACAGCAGGGUGAAGCUGAGGCCGCUGGCUGCCAAGGACUCCAAACACACCGACUACAUCAACGCAAACUAUGUGGAUGGUUAUAAUAAGCCUAAAGCUUACAUCGCAGCCCAGGGACCUCUCAAGUCCACCUUCGAGGAUUUCUGGAGGAUGGUGUGGGAGCAGAAUACAGGCAUCAUCGUGAUGAUCACCAACUUAGUGGAGAAAGGCCGGAGAAAAUGUGACCAGUACUGGCCAACAGAGAACAGUGAAGAGUACGGCAACAUGGUCGUCACACUGAAAAGCACUAAAGUUCAUGCCUGCUACACUGUUCGCCAUUUCACACUGCGCAACACUAAAGUCAAAAAGGGUGGGAAGGGGAACCCGAAGACGCGUGCCCAGAGUGAACGCACAGUGCUCCAGUACCAUUACACCCAGUGGCCAGACAUGGGUGUCCCAGAGUACACCCUGCCAGUCCUCACCUUUGUCCGCAGGUCCUCAGCCGCCCAGAUGCCUGAUAUGGGACCCAUGCUUGUCCACUGCAGUGCUGGAGUGGGUCGGACAGGGACAUACAUCGUCAUCGACAGUAUGCUGCAGCAGAUCAAAGACAAGAGCACAGUUAAUGUACUCGCCUUCCUCAAACACAUACGCACCCAACGCAACUACCUUGUCCAGACUGAGGAGCAGUACAUCUUCAUCCACGAUGCCUUGAUGGAAGCCAUCUUGGGGAAGGAGACAGAAGUGGCGGCCAGCCAGCUUCACAGCUACUUCAACAACAUCACAACACCAGGACACAGCGGCCGCACACAUGUGGAGAAACAGUUCAAGCUCGUUACACAGUGCAAUGCCAGAUUCAUGGAGUGCUUCAACGCUCAGAAGGAGUGCAACAAAGAGAAAAAUCGAAACUCCUCUGUGGUGCCAUCGGAGCGAGCGAGGGUCGGCCUAGCACCUUUGCCCGGCAUGAAAGGCACCGAUUACAUUAACGCCUCUUACAUCAUGGGUUACUACCGCAGUAAUGAGUUCAUAAUUACCCAGCAUCCUCUGCCCCACACCACAAAAGACUUCUGGAGAAUGAUCUGGGACCAUAAUGCACAAAUCAUUAUUAUGCUGCCUGCCAACCAUGGACUGGCAGAGGAUGAGUUUGUGUACUGGCCCAGCAGGGAGGAGGCCAUGAACUGCGAGGCGUUCACUGUCACCCUCAUCAGUAAAGACCGACUCUGUCUGUCCAACGAGGAGCAGAUCAGCAUCCACGACUUCAUCCUGGAAGCUACACAGGAUGACUAUGUAUUAGAAGUGCGUCACUUUCAGUGCCCCAAGUGGCCGAACCCUGACGCACCCAUCAGCAGCACCUUCGAGCUCAUCAAUGUCAUUAAGGAGGAGGCGGCCAUCCGCGACGGACCAACCAUCGUCCAUGAUGAGUUGGGAGCAGUGUCCGCCGGCAUGUUAUGUGCUCUCACCACCCUGUCUCAGCAGCUGGAAAGUGAAGGUGCCGUUGAUGUCUAUCAAGUGGCCAAGAUGAUCAACCUCAUGAGGCCAGGAGUCUUUACUGACAUUGAUCAGUAUCAGUACCUAUACAAAGCUCUGCUCAGCCUCGUCAGCACCAAGGAGAGCGUCUCGGGUCCUCUGGCCAGGAACAUUAAUGGGACCAUGGCGUCCAUGUCAGACCAGUCCGACCAGGCAGAGAGCAUGGAGUCACUGGUCUGAGAGGCCCUUCAGGGGCCAGAGCUGAGCUGAGGGCGUCCUGUGGGUCCAAACCCCCUUCGUGCUCCCUGAGCCCAUGAAAGAGGCACUUAACUUUGUAAACCGUCAAGGAACUAUUGUGGACAAGACUUUUUGAGGCCUUUUUUGCCAGACUCUUGGUUAAAAUGAAUAACCUGAUUACUUUUUUACACUGAAAAGUUUUUGAUAUUUAUUUUUUUCGCCAUUUUAUGUCUUAAUGUUCUCCUACUGAAGGGUUUGCACCUGCGUGUUUAAGUUUCACAACGGCGCCGUAGGCAACGAGAAACACUUUUCUGUCUUUUCUUGUUUGCACUAUAUAAUGUCAGUGUUACUGCCUAUACUACAGCUGACUCACUUGGCGUUUUUUUUCCACUCAAGCUCUGAUUUUUUUUGACAUUCCACAGCUUUGGCCCUUAUUAAACCAACUGCUUCUGUGAAGGACAUUGUUCUGCCUGCCACGUAUCGUUGAUUUAAGACAGUGGAGGGAGGAAGGCAUGAACUCGUCUCCGCCUCAGUAACAAAAUGCUGUUUGACUUCAGCUCAGCGUAACCUCCUCCUCUUCCCUGCUCAUCUAUACUACUCAUAUUACCACUCAUUUAUCACGAGAACCAAGAUCUUGGAACCUAUUGCCACAGACAAGUAGCUCUUGUUUUACAAAAUUAAUUUCCUCUUCACCUUUUGUUUUUUUUUUUGCCUUGUUUUGAUGUCACUCUCCCUCUUAUUAGUGAGUCACAUCCAUGUUAGAAAUCCUAAGGUGGUGUAAUAACUGCUACUGUGAACUUUUAUUAUUUCUUUGUAUAAUUCAUAUUAUGCUUUUUAAUAUAUGGAAAUACUGUAUGUAUACAUAUAUAAAUAUAUCCUUAUCAUAAUAACUUUGUGAUUUUUGUACAUGUCCUUUGUGGCCUCUCGUCUCAGGCCAGUUGAUUUUCACUGCGUCCGAUAGUUUACCACUCCAGUAUUCACAGCUGAUCCACAGCCGUCUGGAAGCGGACUCCCUCAGUCCUCUACGUUCUUGUAUGCUGCUAUGUCAUCUGAACUCACACGUACAAACACACACAUACAAACACCUCCAAAUUUUUACAUUUGAAACAUUGAAUGAACUUCAACAGGUGAUGCAACAACAUGCCAU